GCGACGACGUGUGUUAAGUCCGACACCGCGAAUUUCUCUCGGCGAUCAAUUCAAAUUGAAUUAAAUCGAAACGAUCCGACAACAACGAAUCGCUGGAUUGAGUUAAAAGUAGCGGUAUUUCGCCGUCGCGAGAAUCAAGUUUCCCGCCACAAUGGCAUUACAUGCUGACGAGAGUUUGUUUCCUGGCGACAAGCAAGACCGUUUCCUUCAAUACAGUGAGAAAUAUCAGAAGCAUCGCCGAAAUGUCGAAGUUUGAUUUACCGAAUCGUUUGAAGGGCAAUGAAAAAUCUGUCUGGGUCGAAUACAUCCAGCUCGCUCUGCAGUACAAGCCACUGAAUUUGGGCCAGGGCUUUCCUGACUACUACGCGCCAGAGAAUGUGACCAAUGCUCUGGCUGCUAUUGCCAAAAGUGACAAUCCGCUUUUGCAACAGUAUACGAGAGGAUUUGGUCAUCCAAGACUAGUGAAUGCAAUUGCAAAGUUUUACUCCAAGCUUAUCAAGCGUGACUUGGAUCCGAACAAGGAAGUGUUGGUCACUGCUGGUGCUUACGAAGCGUUAUAUGCCACUCUGCAAGGUCACACUAAUCCUGGAGAUGAAUGGAUCAUCAUUGAACCCUUUUUCGAUUGUUACGUACCUAUGGUGCAGUCCGCCGGAGGAAUUCCCAGAUACAUAGCAUUAAAACCGAAAUCUACAUCGGGCACGGUCACCUCUGGCGAUUGGGUAUUCGACAAGAAAGAGAUGGAAGGUCUCUUCAAUGAGAAAACUAAAGGUAUCAUCAUUAACACCCCACACAACCCCAUAGGAAAAGUGUUUACGCUGGACGAAUUGCAAUUUAUUGCCGAUCUCGCGAAAAAAUGGAACACACUUGUGGUUGCCGACGAGGUUUACGAGCAUAUCGUUUACGAGCCGUACAAACAUAUAAGAAUCGCAACAUUGCCCGGUAUGUACGAACGCACAAUCACGAUCGGAUCAGCGGGCAAAACGUUCAGCGUUACAGGUUGGAAAAUAGGCUGGGCCUACGGGCCGGCGAAUUUGUUGUAUAAUCUGCAAGUAGUACAUCAGAACACCGUAUAUACCUGUUCCACGCCGAUUCAGGAAGCGAUAGCUAUUGGAUUUGAAUUGGAAUUGGAACGCUUGGGACAGCCGGAAUGUUACUUCCACAGUUUGGCAAUGGAAUUGUUACCGAAGCGCGACUACAUGGCGAAAUUCCUCCGGGAGGUUGGUAUGAUACCGACAAUACCCGAGGGUGGUUACUUCAUGCUCGCUAACUGGUCCGCGUUGGAGAGCAAAGUGAGGCUGCAGGAGGAAACGGACGUGAACAAGGACUACAGAUUCACCAAGUGGAUGACGAAGAACGUCGGUCUUCAAGGUAUUCCUCCCACGGCCUUCUACGGUCCGGAACAUAAAACUCUCGCGGAGGAUUAUGUGCGGUACUGCUUUAUAAAGAAAGACGAAAAUUUGAAAGCAGCCGCCGAUAUCUUGAAGAAGUGGGCAUCUCAAUAAUUGAGACUAUGCACAUGUGUAAAUGUGUGUAUGCAUAUUCGGUGACUAUUGAUAAGUGCCUCGUGCACUGUAUUAAUUUUUUUCGAGCAACUUUCGUGCCACGUUGUGGGCGCGAAAAGUUGUUUGCUCGAUACAAAUAGGAAACAAUUAACGUGACUUACUGCAAUUUUUAUACGUAUUUAUCAUAUUGGAUUGAUAAAUGUUUUAUCCCUGUUAUAUUUGUGAUAUUAAAUUUAUAGAUACAAAUCUUUAUAUAUUCUGACGCAGUAGUGGUUCAAUUAAGUAGUCUUGUGAUGCUAUCAGUCAUGAUAUCAGUAAUGAUUGAUAGUAAUCGAUCCGAAUAAACUGCGUUGAUGGGAAGUUAAAAUUAUAGGUCGGAGUCUCUUCGAAGCCGUUUCUUGACGUCUCUUGAGUCGACUCCGAACGUUUUACCGCAUCUACGAAGUAAAAAUAUUUAACAAAAAA